CCACCCAAGUGGUUGUCACCUACUGUAGAAGGAAUACCGAUGGAUUUUUGGUGAUGUCAGAGUAACGAGAGCGUAUUGAGCGGGAUGCGCUGGUAUGACAUGGAACUCGGACUGCUGUGGACUUGCCGGAUAUGUGCUUGGUGCUGUUCUAAGCCUCGGGGUCGAUUUGGGCGGUAGGAUGCGAAUUUGUUUCAUCCGUCAGCAGCAGGGUGAGAGAGUACGAGUAUACGAUGAUACUGCCGCGGUUGGGUCGAGAGAAGAGACAUGGAUGCCACUCGGUGAACAACCGUGUCCAUCCAUACCUACCGGCAGUAUGCGGCAGUAUGUGUGUGCUUUGCAUGCUGCUUUGUUUGGGUGCUAGAAGCUGGCAAUAGGCAAUAUGCACAUGCAAGUAUGAGCAAUC